AAUAUAAUAUUACUGUAAGUUCAAAUUUACAAUCUUAAAUUUAUAGAAAGAGCCACUGAGUCCUCUUCUAAUGAACUUGUUGAGAAGUUGAAUAGUUCUCCUCAUGAUCCUUCCUGCAACCGCAAAAAAUGGGUAAACAGAAAAUCGAUGACAGUCUUCCGUCUUCCUCGGAUCUGACCUCUUCCAUGAAGAAAACCCACAAGAUAUCACAGGAUAAUCUUUAGCAACUCAGUUUUUUUUUUUUUUUCAUAUCCAAAAAUGGCAAAGACCCACCACGUCAUCCGUAUCUUCCUCAGCACAACCGAGUGGCUGAGUCCCAAUCAUUACCACCCACGAAACGAAGAAGAAGAAAAAACCAGCUUGUUUUUCUUCGAAAAGAAUUCCAUGGUCCUGCUGCAAAUACAGAGCAUUGCUUUUCAUUGCUUCUAUUUGCCAACCAAGAGUUCCUUUGUCGAUCAAUAAGCGGAAGGACACAGAGAAGGAAUCAUGAGUUUCAGGGAGGAGAUUGAUGAUGGGAGGGACCUCAAGAAGCCGUUCCUCCACACGGGGAGCUGGUAUAAAAUGUCGUCAAUGAGGCAAUCAAGUAUGUUGAGCUCAUCGGCUCAGAUUAUCCGCGACGGCGCCAUCUCUGUCGUGUUCUGUGUUCUCGUCGCCGCCUUGGGUCCUAUCCAAUUUGGUUUUACUUGUGGGUAUUCUUCUCCCACGCAAGCGCAGAUCACAAGGGAUCUCAACCUUACCAUUUCAGAGUUUUCUCUGUUCGGUUCCUUAUCAAAUGUGGGUGCUAUGGUUGGGGCGAUUGCCAGCGGCCAGAUUGCUGAAUAUAUUGGUAGAAAAGGGUCACUAAUGAUUGCUGCAAUCCCUAAUGUCAUAGGGUGGCUUGCUAUUUCGUUCGCCAAAGAUUCUUCAUUUUUAUUCAUGGGACGAUUGUUGGAAGGAUUUGGUGUGGGUAUAAUCUCAUACACGGUGCCUGUGUAUAUAGCCGAAAUAUCACCUGAAAAUUUGAGAGGAAGUCUUGGAUCUGUGAACCAGCUUGCAAUCACUCUUGGAAUAAUGCUUGCUUAUUUGUUGGGAUUGUUUGUCAACUGGAGACUGCUUGCAGUUUUAGGAAUUUUGCCAUGCUCAAUAUUGAUACCUGGCUUGUUUUUCAUACCAGAGUCUCCUCGGUGGCUGGCCAAAAUGGGGAUGAUGGAAGAUUUUGAAGCUUCUUUGCAAGUUUUACGGGGAUUUGAUACUGACACUACCACUGAAGUGAAUGAAAUCAAGAGAUCUGUAGCAUCCUCAAGCAAAAGAAUGACAAUCCGAUUUGCAGAUCUCAAGCGAAAAAGAUAUUGGUUUCCUUUGACGGUAGGAAUUGGAUUAUUGGUCCUCCAGCAACUCAGUGGCAUAAAUGGCGUUUUAUUCUAUUCCAGCAAUAUCUUUGAAAGUGCUGGAAUUAAAUCAUCUAAUGCUGCAACUUUUGGUCUUGGGGCGAUUCAGGUAAACUAGCACAUAGCACGUGUGAUUGGAACAUGGUUGGUGGACAGAGCUGGCCGUAAACUUCUUCUUAUGAUAUCAUCAUCUGGAAUGGCUCUUAGCCUGCUCCUUGUUGCAGUUGCAUUUUAUGUGGAGGGCAGUCUCUUAGAAGAUUCUACUUUGUAUAGUAUAAUGGAAGUGCUGUCACUUGUUGGGCUUGUGGCCUAUGUGAUUGCCUUCUCUCUGGGAGUUGGUGCUAUUCCUUGGAUCAUAAUGUCUGAGAUACUUCCGGUGAAUAUUAAGGGCCUUGCUGGGAGCAUAGCAACUUUGGCCAACUGGCUGACAUCUUGGGUAGUCACAAUGACUGCAAACUUGCUUUUGAGUUGGAGCCUUGCAGGGACUUUCACCAUAUACAUGUCUGUGGCCAUUUUGACAGUGGUUUUUGUGGCAUUAUGGGUCCCUGAAACAAAAGGAAGAACACUGGAAGAGAUUCAAUCAUCCUUCAGAUAGAAGUCUUUGCAGCUUUUCCAUUGGAUCCAUGAUUUUCUCAGACAUUACGUGUGAGAAGCGAGGGAUCGCGGUGUUCUCGUUGCUGAUGACUAAUGCUUGUAGGAGUUCAUCCCUCUCCUUCCUGUUGGUAAACAUUACCUGCAACAUUCAUACGGGCUUCUGUGAGAUUUAUAAGCAUUAGAUUUUAACUGUCAAAUUAUAAUUUUUAAAAUUUAUUAUUUUCUGAAUUGUGACAAAAUAAUAAUAAUAAGCAAUCCUAUUUUCCCUC